AUGCAUGAAGUGAGAAGAUGGAAAAUUGGAGAAAUGAAAGGAAAAAAAGGAAUCGUUGUUGCCGGUGGAAAUGGAAAAGGAAAUCAAAUGAAUCAAUUGAAUUUACCUCAUUUUAUCUUUGUUGAUGAUGAACAAUCGAUUUAUGUUUCAGAUUCAGGGAAUCAUCGUGUAAUGAAAUGGAGAAAAGAUGCGAAAGAAGGAAUCGUUGUUGCUGGGGGAAAUGGACAAGGAAAAGAACUGAAUCAAUUAAUAUAUCCUCAAGGAAUCAUUGUCGAUGAUUUUGGUCAAAUUUAUGUUACCGAUAGUUGGAAUAAUCGAAUAAUGCGAUGGAAUGAAGGAAAAAGAGAAGGUGAAAUCAUAGUUGGUGGAAAUGGAGAAGGAAAUGAAUUAAAUCAAUUACUUGCUCCCACUUGUUUAUCAUUUGAUGUUCAAGGAAAACUAAAAGCCAAUCGAACUUUGACAAAUUUUCUUUCAAACUGA